GGUCCCGUCUCCAGCGCGUUUCCGGUUUAAAUCUAACUUCCGGUUCGUCAGCCGGUUCCUGUCUCUGCCUUUCACUUCCGGUGCCUUCUGUUGCGCUGCGGCAGGUUCCUGCGUCCGCUGCCGACGGCCCCACCGCUCUCCAGGUGUAUUUUUCCGAACAAAAGUUGCCUCAACAUAUGUUUUAAGGAUGGCUCUCCCUAUCAUCGUAAAAUGGGGUGGGCAGGAAUAUUCAGUGACCACACUUUCAGAAGAUGAUACUGUGCUGGAUCUCAAACAGUUUCUCAAGACCCUUACAGGAGUGCUACCAGAACGACAGAAAUUACUUGGACUUAAAGUUAAAGGCAAACCUGCAGAAAAUGAUGUUAAGCUUGGAGCUCUCAAACUGAAACCAAAUACUAAAAUCAUGAUGAUGGGAACUCGUGAGGAGAGCUUGGAAGAUGUCUUAGGUCCACCUCCUGACAACGAUGAUGUUGUCAAUGACUUUGAUAUUGAAGAUGAAGUAGUUGAAGUAGAAAAUAGGGAAGAAAACCUACUGAAAAUUUCUCGCAGAGUGAAAGAAUACAAAGUGGAAAUUUUGAAUCCACCCAGGGAAGGGAAAAAGCUUUUGGUACUAGACGUUGAUUAUACGUUAUUUGACCAUAGGUCUUGUGCAGAGACUGGGGUAGAAUUAAUGCGGCCAUAUCUUCAUGAAUUCCUAACAUCUGCAUAUGAGGAUUAUGACAUUGUUAUUUGGUCUGCAACAAAUAUGAAGUGGAUUGAAGCUAAAAUGAAAGAGCUGGGAGUGAGCACAAAUGCAAAUUAUAAGAUUACCUUCAUGUUGGACAGUGCUGCUAUGAUAACAGUGCAUACGCCAAGGAGAGGAUUAAUAGAUGUAAAGCCUCUUGGCGUUAUAUGGGGGAAGUUUUCAGAGUUUUACAGCAAAAAGAACACCAUUAUGUUUGAUGACAUAGGAAGAAAUUUUCUAAUGAACCCACAAAAUGGACUAAAGAUAAGGCCUUUUAUGAAAGCUCACCUAAAUCGAGAUAAAGACAAAGAACUUUUAAAAUUAACUCAGUACCUCAAGGAAAUAGCAAAAUUAGAUGACUUUUUGGACCUAAAUCACAAAUAUUGGGAAAGAUAUCUCUCAAAGAAGCAAGGACAGUAGUUCCAAGUUAUGCUGGCAGUUAUUGAAGAUACUUGAGAUCCACGAACUCUUGCUUUUAUGCUAGAAAUCAUUAUAAUAGUGCUGGACACUGAAGCAAAUACCAGACUGCUUAUACUUAUACUUGGUCUUCCAGUUUUUUGUAAAUUUAAUUUUAUAUUUUUUGAAGAUCACAGCAAUAUGCUAAAAAUUUUAUCUCUUUUCCCCCUAUGUGAAUAUAUUGUUACUCUUGAAAAAAGACUUUCUCCAGGUUUGAGUACUGAGGUGUGUCCCCCACCCCCCACUCACACAAAAAAAGUGGACAGAAAUGUAUACUCAACGAUAUUGAGAUUUUGGAAACAAGUUAUGUUUUACGUUCCUGCCUUAUUUGUGUUGUUGUUGAACUAAAUCUAAGACCAAUUCCAUCUUGAAACUACUGCUUUUCCUUUUAAAACAAACAACACACACACACACACACACACACACACACACACACACGUAUUUUCAAUAAGGAACCUAGUUUGGUAUGCUUAAAAGCACCAAAUUUUAAAAUAUUUCUUUUGUCAUAGACACAGUUUCUCUUCUUAUCCACUAUUGACAUCUCUAAAUUGUGAGCUGUCUGGUUGUAUGUGUGUCAGUGUUUGAGUAAAACUGGAAAAUGUCAGCUGCAAUACCGAUAUGUCAUGGUAUGAAUAAUAGAAAACAUAAGAUUGAAGAAGAAAACUAAGGAACAAGAAUGUUUCUUUUUGGUGGCUAAGUAAAAACAUUUCAGCCUAAAACCAUUGUCAUAAAAGCAGAGGCAAUACAUUUUAAAAUGGGACAUAUCACUGAUUCAGCCCUAAAAAGCAUGAACAAAAGUGUUUGUUCUGUUCUAGCUAUAUCUUGUCUAAGUGCAACACUGUUUCAGUGAAAAUAUCUAGCCAUAAGCUUAAAAAAAAUUGAAAUGCUUAAGCCUGCAAAUAUGUAAUGUGACCACUGUUUUGUGUUGACAGUAUUGGUUUAUACAGUUCUUGUAUUUGAAAGGAAUCUGAUCCUUUCAAAUGAACCUGGUGUAUAUUGUUCUUACGGGACUAUUUCAGUGGUGUAAAUAAUAAAUACCUUUUCUUAAAACACUGGUUGUCUGCUCUGUUA